AUGGUAGCGAGAUGCUCAAUGCCUCAACAACCUCUCCAAGAACCAGAGCCUGCUGUGGUAGGAGCUGAGUUGCACUGCAGCAUCCGGCCGCCCUGCUCGCAACCAUCACUCCCGCCACGCAUGCUCUCCACAUCCCUUAACUCUGAUGAUCAUGGAACGCUCUCCUCUCCUCACCACCGCAUCCCCCAAUCUCCGUUGCAACUAGCCUGGUCCAACCUCUGGCUGCUGGCAGCCAUCACCCUCUCCAUGUCCUCCACUUCCUCAUCCUCUACGUCCCAGCCCUCGCUGUCCUCUUCUCUGAGAGUUCAUUCGCGCCUCUUCCUCAUGUUGACGUCAUCCUUGCCCUCACUGUUUCUCUUCUUUGUCGGCCCUCUCUCCUGGCCUGAGUGGCGUGCAGUGCUGCUCUUCUCCUUCCCUGCACGCCACCCUUCCAACUUAAGACAUCCCCCUCUUUCUCUCUGUUGUAUGCGUAGGGUGAUAAUCGUGGACGAGAUGCUCAAGAUAUUCUCAAAUCCUGCCCCACGCCAUGCCCUCUCCCCAUGCCCUGUCUGCCCCCCCUGCUCCGCCCCUUUACCUGUCCCCAUGCCAGUCAACUCACACACCACCUCUUCCCUCCCUGCUUUAUCCCUUGCCUUGAAUCAGCUCAUCCUGGCAAGGCCAAGUCAUCGUCGCAGCCGCAAUGGUCCCUCCUGCCGUUCAAGCGGCCAAAGGAAGAGUCAGGGGAGAACCACACAGCCUGAUGCAGGCUAA